UAAUUACCAAUAAAUGCUUCUAACACUAAUUAUAAAGACCAAUUAUUAUCAAUUAAAAGAAAGAAAUAAUUGUUGUCACGUCUGAUGAUGAAUAAUUUUUAUCAAAUUUUCUUCGCCUGAGAAAUUACUGUGAAAUCACCCUAGCUGCGGCACGACACAUUUUUCGCUACAUUCUAGAAGUAGCUUAAAGUUAAAAGUACGGACUAUAGUUUUGUUUACUUGAUGCUAAUGCUUAUAUGUUCAUAAUCUGUCAAAUAAGUAUACGAUUUAACAAAAUACAAUGAAGGAAGAAAGUUCUAAUGAGGAUAUUGCUGGUGAUAACUCAAAUAGUUUUCUUCAAAAAAGACAUAAAAAACACAAGCAUAGAAAACACAAAAAAAAAAAGUUGAAUCACCAAGAAAUAAGUAGCUGCAGUGAUGUUACAAUUUCAAGAGGAUCAGAAUUAAAAAAAACAUUCAAAGUAAAAAUUAGACAAGAUACUGAAAGAAGUACUGAAAAAACCAAAAUAAAAGUUUUUAAAAUGCCACAAACUAGUGUAAGUACUAGUCUCUCGCCCAAAGGGAUUGUGAAAAAAAAAAUCAUUAAAACAAACAAAGGUAAAGAAAGCGGUACAAGUAGCGAAGAGGAAAGAUGGCUUGAUGCUAUUGAAUCGGGAAAAUUGGAGGAGGUUGAUGAUGAAUUGAAAAAAAUCAAACCAAAAGAUCCAAAACUUAUGACUGCCAGGCAAAGGGCAAUGUUUGAAAGAAAAACUGAUACAGAACCAAAUUCUAGUAUGGAACAAUUAAUGUCGCUUCCCACUGGUUACAAAGAAAAAGUAAUGACAGCAGAAGCUAUCCAGAAAGCAGCCUUAAAAUCCUUAAAACGUAAACAACUGGCUGAUGAGAAGCGAGAAAAAGACAAGAAAAAAACUAUGGAACGACUACUGAAAAAACAAGAAUCAAAAACAUCUAAGGUUGUUAUGAAAAAUAAACAAACAAAAAAAGAAGUGCCACUGGUUACAUAUAAAGUUACAUUAGAAAGUAGCACAAUUUCUUUACCCGAAGGAGAAUCAUUUCCCCUUGCAACAUCCAAAGUAAUUGAAAUACCGAAGCCAAAACAUUGUGCAGUAUCACCAUGCAAGAAUUUAAAAAAAUAUUUUUGCUCAAAAACGGGGAUACCUUUGUGUAGUUUAACUUGCUACAAAAGAAACUUGAACAAAAUAAUUUCUUAAAUGAUGUUGGACAUUGUAUAUAGUCAUUCAAUAUUUUAACUAGAUUUAUUUGUAAGCUUAUAAUAAAAU